CACCAACUGCGCAUGCCCAGAAGGUGUUUCCAGUCAUGGCGGCUGAGCUGGUGGUCGUCAGUGGGCUUUGGAUGGCAAAUGAAGUCGACCGUUAAAAUACGGAACAUGCAUCAUGAGAAGAGACUUUCCAAGGAAGACACGUGGCGACCAGCGGAUCUCAGGAAAUAUGUGAGAGAAGAUGGGAGUUCAAAAGAUAAUAGAAAGAUGGAUGAGGGAGAGAGAAGACACAGGGUGUCUAAGUCUACAGAGCGCCAUAACCGUGAUCCAGACUCACGACUAGAAAGGGAAAAGCAUCGGGAGAGACGGGAUGUUGACCAGAUAGACAGAUAUGCUGAACGUCACAAAGACGUUUCACAAGACAGAAGAAAGGAAACAGAUAGAGACAGAGGAGGAGAUAACAGGGAGCGCAGACAUGAAUCUGAGGUGGGUGAUAACCGUCAUGGGCACAAGCGCGGGGAUCACAGAGACCACCGCAGGCAAACAGAGGAAAGGCAUGAGAGAGAAAGACACAGAGAUAGGGAGAAAGACAGAGUGAGGGAUAGAGGACACGAGGGGGACCAGAGUAGAAGGAGGGAAGAGAGGGAGAGGGAAAAAAGGAGAGAGGAACGAGACAAAGAACGCAGGUCUGAGAGGAGAAAGCACGAAGAGAGAGAUGAAGUUGGACAGGAUCGGUCAGAAAAACAUAAAAAGCACAGAGAUCGGGAAAGAAACAUUGACGAAUAUGAGAUGAAGAGAAGUGAAAGAGAAAGACGACAUAAAGAGGAGAAAGAAAAGAGAAGACAUUCUGAAAGGCGGGAGAAAGAAGUGCACAAAGAAGAACGCAGGAAGGAUAGAGAGGAACAAGAACGGACGUCCAUUGACAGACGACAUCGCAGAAGCAGCCAAGUGGAAGACAAAGAAAAACGUGGUGACAAGUACAAAGAGUACAUAGAAACAAAGGUGUCAAGUGAAGUUAGAAGUCACCGCAGUCACAGAGAGCUGAGUGAAUUUGACAAACACAAGGAGAGAAGAGAAAGAGAAGUUGAAGAGGAGGGAAAAAACAGCUCUAAGAAGUCAUCAUCACAGAUGAAACGUGAAACUGAACCCUCAAAAACAGAGCUUGCCAAUGAGGAAGAUUUGACUGCCCGGGAGUAUGAGGAUGACUUUGAGGAUUAUGAAGAGGACUUUGAGGAGGUAGAUGAAAGUGAAAGUGAGGAAGAGAAGGAGAGGGGACUGGAAGAAGAGACCACACAACCUAUGGCUGAAAUAAGCGAAGAGAUCCAGGUUAUCCAGAGAGCAAUGGAUGAGGAGAAUCAACAAGUCAGAAGAUCAACUUCUACACAUAGGUCCAAUGAAGAACACGAGGAAAGACAGCAACUGUCAGGAAGUGCCACAGAUUCCAAGCAUAAAAGCUCACAACAUGGGAAGUUUAUUGACUUUGUGGCAGCUAAACAACGAGAAAUCAACAAGAUGGCAGUCUCUAAACAAAAGAAACGCAGCACUGAACUGCUGCGUCUGAUCGAUCUGGACUUCUCACGAACCUUCUCUCAUCUUGAUCUGCCGCCUGUUAAUGAAUAUGACAUGUAUAUCAGAAGCUUUGGAAGUGCCAACACCAGGCAGGCUUAUGUCCAGUGUAAUGAAGAUAACGCUGAGCGGGACAUUCAGACAGAGGAGAUUGAAGUCAGUGAGAAAUGGACUCAGCAUCCUCCAGAGCACAGUGGAGCUUGUGGAGAUCCAAACUUAAGAUCCGAAGACAAAACCCAAACUGAAGUGAAGUUUGAUACACAAUCCCUGACAAUAUUUUUACGCUCUGCUGCCCAGGUGGCUGUUGUUCUGCUGGAGGAAGACCAAGCUGAGAAGAAAUCUCUCAAGAAGCAGGCAUCUCAAACAGACUUGUUAUCAUUCAGCGACGGUGGUCUACAUCUCAACACCCAAUUGCCUUUCCUUCACGGUCGCCACAUAAGCCUGAUUCACUUCUCCAAGGACCAGAGACACAUGAUGGUGUCGGUUCACAAGCCAGGAUCCGAACACAGCACUUCCCAUCUCGACAGCUGCACCAUCAUGUGUAUCUGGAACAUCUGGGAACCUUCCAGGCCUCAGAAGAUCCUUGUUUAUGAGUCUGAGGUGCAAUGCUGCUGCUUCAGCCCUGGGAAAGCCAGUUUGGUGUUCGCAGGAACUUCUGUUGGUUCUGUUGCUCUCUGGGACCUGAGGGAGCACGCGGGUCAUCACCACCGUCUGAAGAUCGGAGAAGAGGAGUGGACCAUCAGACAGCCCACCUUCUGCACUGACGCAGUGAUGGCCAACGCAGCCCAUUUCUCCUGUGUGACGUCCCUGGAAAUUGUCCCCUCCACGGCAGCGGGGGUGCGAAGGCCAGAGGUCCCACUUUUGACAUCUGAAGAAGAGUCAGCGGGCUUGUCUUUACAGCUGGCUUCACUGGAUGAAAGUGGAGUUUUGAAUUUCUGGGUGGUGGUGCAGCUUUCUGUUUCCAAUGAAGCCGGCUCUCAGACGGACCUGGGUCUCAGACCCGGCGGCAAAGUCAAGUUACUUCAUAGUUCUUCCCGUCAAACGGCUGGGAGGGCUUCAACACGGGAUGUUGGGGGAACAGGUGCCACAUCGUGUCUUCAGUUAAAGUUCCACCCGACAGACGCCAACCAUUUCUUCAUAGGCACAAACAUGGGUCUGGUCACUCACAGAACCAUGCAUGGAGUAAAAGCUUCUCCCAGGAGCUUCACUUUUAUGGAUCUUGAUGUGCGACCUGUUGAUGUCAGCGCCAUUGACUUUUCUCCAUUCAGACCAGACAUGUUCCUGGUUGGGUGUGGCGAUGGAAGCAUCAGGCUGCACACAGUCGGGCAGGAGCAGCCACUGUCUGAGUGGAAAAGUAGCACGUCGGGUGAAGCCCUUGUGGCACUGCAAUGGAAUCAGACCAAGUCAACCGUCUUCUGUGUCCUUGACGCUGCAUCCAACAUUUACAUUUGGGACUUGCUCCAGAGCAAGGCGGAACCUGUCAUUACUGAGCGGAUCAGCGCCGACAGGGUGACGGCUAUGUGUGUGUUUGGUGACUCGGCACAGCAAAACCCAUAUUCGGGAGUCGCACUCGCGCAUGAAUCUGGAAAAAUAGAGUUGCAUCAUUUUACGAGGACAUUCACAAGUCCAUCAGAAGAAGAAACUCUGGACAGAAUAAUGAAAGAAACUCUCUGAUUAGCCACCAAGAUAUAUAUAUUUUUGACUACACUUUUAGAUGCAAAUCAAUGUGUUAGUAGAAAAUAUUGAAUAUCAGA